AAUUUGUUAAACCGUGUGAAAGACAAAACGUUGCUUUUUCCCUAAACCUUGACGCUGCAGCUGCUUCUUAUCUUGGGAUUCUCCUUGAACUGCUUGUGUGUAGAAUGUAGUUCUUCCUUGUUUCAGAAUAGCCACCCCUUGAUUUAUAACUCUCCCACAUUUCAUUCUGACUCCCUUUCUUUCUCCUGCUUAAUAAAAAGACAGGCUAUGCUACAGAAAAUCAGAACGCACGGUAAACACCUUGGAGAAGUGGUUUGCUAUGCUUCCUCCUUCUGCAGAAGUUUGGUUGAAAACUCAUAAACGUUGUCUGCGGUUCCUUCUUGAUAUUUAGAUCACAACUAUGUCAGGCUCACCCAGUCCUCUAACCACCCAUGUGCUGAACACUGCUCUGGGGGUCCCAGGAUCAAACAUGACCAUCAGACUUUACCAACAAGACCCUUCAGCCGAUGUCUGGCAUCUGAUAACCUCUGGGACAACUAACAGUGAUGGGCGAUGUCCAGGACUGAUCACACAGCAGCAGUUUCUACCUGCUGUCUACAAAUUGCACUUUGAGACUGGUCAGUACUGGGCCAGUAUGGGACAGACCUCCUUCUAUCCCUAUGUUGAGAUUGUUUUCACUAUAACUGAUCCAGGCCAGAGGUAUCACGUGGCGCUGCUUGUGAGUCGUUUCUCCUUCAGCACAUACAGGGGGAGCUAGAGAGCAUCUGUAGUAACCUUCUAUCAACUUAUCACGAUCUGACUGCAAAAAAGCUUUAGCAACUCCACUAAUGACCCUCUUGGCAGCACAACUGGCGAAAUAUCUAUUUGCUUAUUUUCCUUGAAGAAAGUAGCACUACAACCAUUAACCAUAUAAAAUAACCAUUAAAAUAAAUGGUUAUAUGUAUUACCACAAAGCUAUACUGUAGUCUGGUGCAAACACCAGCAUGAGUUAAUGUUAAACUUUGGUAUUUAUUCUACUGAUUUUAUGAUUAGCUUGCAAUUAAGUGAUUAUUAACAGUGUUAAUUAAUCACAAUUUACAUGUCAAUAGUGUCACAUUGUAUACAUUAUUCACAAUGUAUAUAAUUAUGCAUAUAAACUAUGCAUCAUUUAUAUAAUGUAAAAUAUAGCAACAUGUUUACUUUAAUAGAUUUUUUCACAAUGAAAAUGCCUUGUUGUCAUUGUUCUUCUUCAGUGUUGUGCAUUUCAAAAAGUGAAACAAACUUUUUUUUCAGCAUUUAAAGUCACACUGCAAGUAUUGUAUUUUUGUCAUUAACCCUUUUCAUUUUCUGCAAAUAUGAAAUCAUAGUAUUUUUAUUUGGAUCUGGAAAUGUUAUCAGUUAUAGUUAUAAUGAAUAAAAGUGUUUUUUCCCCCCCAUAUUUGAUUCAGAAGUUGACAAUGAAAAUACAUACGUUUUUGCUCACUUUCUAAAGUUAAAUCCAUAAUUCUUAGAAUUUGCUUUAACCAAAAUUCUCGCUUUAGGUCAGUCAGAAUUACCAAAAUUAUUUACAUUUGGUAAAUGCCACAGUAAUGAACUAUGUCAUCAAUUGAUUAAUCACACACAGAACACCCACAUAUGAUAUCUGAACAAGACAGCAUCAGUCCUCACUUGGAAGCUUAUAUUCCUUCAUGUAAAGUCUCUUCUUUUUUUUUUACUUAUUAUUACUCUUAUUAUUUUUACCUCAUAUAUACCUCGUAUAUAUUUUUUUUUCUUGUAUUAUUUCUCUUUUUCUUUUCAUCAACUUAUUUUAUUAUAAUGUUUGUACUGCACGUUUUAAACCUGUUUCUAAAGUGCUGUAUAAAUAAUUUCGACACUGA